UUUGUUACAUUUAAAUCCUGUUUUGUAACUUUCCCUUCCAUUCAAACCAAUAUUAGUAAUUUCCUCAAAAGACAUGAUUUAGCAUUUGGGUGUAAUUAACAAUGUGCAAGUAUGGAAAUACUAUACUAUACUAUACUAUACACACACACACACACACACACACACACACACACACACACACCUACACACAGUAUAUAUAAGAAUUACAAUAGCACCAAGUCCAAAGUAUACUCGGAAGAAAGUAGCUAGCCACUUUUUUCUGAAACUGGCAGCUUAGGAGGCAUAAAAAUAUGUAAUUGAUGUUGAAACAACUGAAAGUUCAAGAGUUAGAUGAAUGGUAGGUAUCAUUUUAGAAAAUCAUAAAUAAAGCAGAAAAUAGUGAAAGCAUCUUGUUUGUGAUUAUGAGUGUAGCUUUGUACAGCAGAGGAUUUACAGUUUUGGAAGCAAGAAAGAAUAUCAGCAAUGAGCAUACCCGUCUUGGAAAAAUCUGUGAUAGACUGAGGGCCUCUGUGAAAGACAAAUCAAUAAUUAUAUUUGAAGACAGCCUAUUGAAUUGAUUCAUAUUAUUGAUAGCAAGUCUGAAUAGUUUCUCUGUUGCCCAUGAAUUGAAACAAAUUAAGAAAGAUAUUGAUAGAAGCAAGAGAAGACAAUCAUUAUUUCACACAAAUCCAGAAGCCUAAAUCAAAAUGUGGUCAUAGCCAUUAUGGAUGAAGAUAAUACGAUUUUCCUUUCAGGUAUGACCAUUUUUGCCUCGGUCCUGAGAGAACAAUGUCUCACCUCUCUCUAGGGGAAUGAGUGAGCAACAUGUAACUCUGACCAUUCAGGGGAAAGGAAAGCUUUUGACUUUUUGUGAAGUGCAAGUCAUUGGGCCAGGGCUAGUAGAAGAAGAUUCAGUCCUAUCAAAAUGGAAGCCAGCCACUCAGUCCAGCACCACAAGAUCUUUGGGAACCCAAGAAAGCAGUGGAUGGCUCUCCAGCAAGUAACUUUGACAAGGGCUCCUAUAUUCAAAUGUGACUGGAGGCUGACCCCUGAUAUGCCAUCAUUAACUCUGUAGAACCUGGAAAAUUAGAAUCUGUUAGAUGUGGGAGAAUGAGAGGAAGAUAUGUGAUUGUCAACACUCCAGACCCGAAAAGAGACUGAACCCUGGUGGAUCACGGAUCUGGGUACCCCUUGGGCUGUGGCCAUUGUGUCAUCCACCAACUGAGAAGAAUGGGUCAUGAAGAGAGAAAAGGAGCUGUUGUUCGGCCUGGACACUCACCUGCUUACAGUGGCAAAACAAAUUCCAGGCCUUUUUCUCCCCUGAAAUAAAACAUGCAUUCUGGGCCAGACCAGAAACGGAUUUGAGUAAUAUGGCGACUAAGCUCUACAUUUCAAAGCUUGGCAGUGUCCCUGGGAAUGAAUUCCCUUCAACAUGGCUCUUCAACACCAGGGGAAGUCCUGGCCGACAAGAUCCCUUUUGGUCUGGGCUCCAGGCACUGAGGCACUGGAGCAGGGUGGUGCAGUGUCUCCAGUCCAAGAAGGGUGCACCAGCGUCUCCUUCUCAAAGAAAGCACAUCAGCACGUACCCGAGGCAACUCUGUCAGCUGGAGUCAGUGUUGGCAAAGACUAUAGAGAUCCUCAGUGGCAAAAACUGCAGGGGGCUGAUGUUCUGGACCUCCCAGAUCAGUCAGAACUGCAACAAUGGCAGCUAUGAGAUCAGCGUCCUGAUGAUGAACAACUCGGCCUUCCCAGAGACCUUGGAUACCUUGAAAGAAGCGGUGAAUGAGGGAGUGCAAAUAGUGAGACAGCGUCUGCUCAAUGCUGGCAUAAAUGUGACUGUGAAUGCUACCUUUCUCUAUUCGAAUAGUUUGAUUUACAAGUCAAGUGACUGCCGGAGUAGCACCUGUGAAGGUCUUGACCUACUCAGGGAAAUUUCAAAUAAAAAACAGAUGGGCUGUGUCCUUGUGGGGCCCUCGUGUACAUAUUCCACCUUCCAGAUGUACCUUGACACAGAUUUGAACUAUCCCAUGAUUUCAGCUGGGAGUUUUGGAUUAUCUUGUGACUACAAAGAGACUUUAACCAGGCUGCUGUCUCCAGCUAGGAAGCUGAUAUACUUCUUGGUUAACUUUUGGAAGGCCAAUAAUUUGCCAUUCAAAAAUUUUUCUUGGAACACUGCAUAUGUUUUCAAAAAUGGCACCGAGACUGAGGACUGUUUCUGGUACCUCAAUGCUCUGGAGGCUGGAGUUUCCUAUUUUUCUCAGGAACUUAGCUUCAAGGAUAUGUUGAGGGGAAAUGACCAGUUUCAGGAUAUCUUAAUGAACCAGAACAGGAAAAGCAAUGUGAUUGUUGUGUGUGGUACACCAGACACGAUCAACUCCCUCAAGGGUGACCGGGCAGUGGCUGAAGAUAUUGUGAUUAUUCUAGUGGAUCUAUUCAAUAACGUAUACUUCGCGGAUAAUGUCACCGCCCCAGACUAUAUGAAAAAUGUCCUUGUCCUGACAUUGCAUCCUGAGAAUUCCACCUCAAAUAGCUCUUUCUCCAAAAGUUUAUCAUGGGCAAAAAAUGACUUUGCUCUUGCCUACUUGAAUGGAGUCUUGCUCUUUGGACACAUGCUGAAGAUAUUUCUUGAAAAUGGAGAAGCUAUUACCACCCCCAAAUUUGCUCAUGCCUUCAAGAACCUCACUUUUGAAGGGCAUGCGGGUCCUGUGACUUUGGACAACUGUGGGGAUAUUGACAACACUAUGAUGCUUCUGUAUACCUCCGUGGAUACCAACAAAUACAACGUUCUAUUGACCUAUGACACCCAUGUAAAUAGGACUACUCCAAAGGAAGAAACCCCCACAUUCAUCUGGAAGAACCACAAACUUCCUAAUGAUAUCCCAGGCGAGGGCCCUCAAGCCCUGUUGAUUGCGGUCUUCACCCUUACAGGAGCUGUGGUUCUGCUCCUUCUCAUCGCUCUUCUGGUGCUGAGAAAAUAUAAGAAAGAAUAUGAACUUCGUCAGAAAAAAUGGUCCCACAUUCCUCCUGAAAAUAUCUUUCCUCUGGAGACCAAUGAGACCAACCAUGUUAGCCUGAAGAUCGAUGAUGACAAGAGACGAGACACAAUUCAGAGACUCCGACAGUGCAAAUACAACAAGAAGCGAGUGAUUCUAAAGGAUCUGAAGCACAAUGAUGGCAAUUUCACUGAGAAACAGAAGAUAGAAUUGAACAAGUUGCUCCAGAUGGACUAUUACAACCUAACCAAGUUCUACGGCACCGUGAAGCUUGAUACCAUGAUCUUUGGGGUGAUCGAAUACUGCGAGAGAGGAUCCCUCCGGGAAGUUUUAAAUGACACCAUCUCCUACCCUGAUGGUACAUUCAUGGAUUGGGAGUUUAAGAUCUCGGUCUUGUAUGACAUUGCUAAGGGCAUGUCAUACCUGCACUCCAGUAAGACCGAAGUCCAUGGCCGCCUGAAAUCCACCAACUGUGUGGUAGACAGUAGAAUGGUGGUAAAGAUCACUGAUUUUGGCUGCAGUUCCAUUUUGCCUCCAACAAAAGACCUGUGGACAGCCCCGGAGCACCUCCGCCAGGCCAGCAUCUCCCAGAAAGGAGAUGUGUACAGCUACGGGAUCAUUGCCCAGGAGAUCAUCCUGCGGAGAGAAACCUUCUACACGUUGAGCUGCCGGGAUGAGAAUGAGAAGAUUUUCAGAGUAGAGAAUUCCAAUGGAGUAAAACCCUUCCGCCCAGAUCUGUUCCUGGAAACGGCAGAGGAGAAAGAACUGGAAGUCUAUCUACUUGUAAAAAACUGCUGGGAGGAAGAUCCAGAGAAGAGACCAGAUUUCAAGAAAAUUGAGUCUACGUUGGCCAAGAUAUUUGGCCUAUUUCACGACAAAAAAAAUGAAAGUUAUAUGGACACCUUGAUCCGACGUCUACAGCUGUAUUCUCGAAACCUGGAACAUCUGGUGGAGGAAAGGACGCAGCUGUACAAGGCAGAGAGGGACAGAGCUGACAGACUCAAUUUUAUGUUGCUUCCAAGGCUGGUGGUCAAGUCUCUGAAGGAGAAAGGCAUUGUGGAGCCUGAAUUGUAUGAGGAAGUUACAAUCUACUUCAGUGACAUUGUAGGUUUUACCACCAUCUGCAAAUACAGCACCCCCAUGGAAGUGGUGGACAUGCUCAAUGACAUCUAUAAGAGUUUUGACCACAUUCUUGAUCACCACGAUGUGUACAAGGUGGAAACCAUUGGUGAUGCCUACAUGGUGGCCAGUGGUUUGCCUAAGAGGAAUGGCAAUAGGCAUGCAAUAGACAUUGCCAAGAUGGCCUUGGAUAUCCUCAGCUUCAUGGGGACCUUCGAGCUGGAGCAUCUUCCCGGUCUCCCAAUAUGGAUUCGCAUUGGCGUUCAUUCUGGUCCCUGUGCUGCUGGAGUUGUGGGAAUCAAGAUGCCUCGUUAUUGCCUAUUUGGAGAUACCGUCAACACAGCCUCUAGGAUGGAAUCCACUGGCCUCCCCUUGAGAAUUCAUGUGAGUGGCUCCACAAUAGCCAUCCUGAAGAGAACUGAAUGCCAGUUCCUAUAUGAAGUGAGAGGGGAAACAUAUUUAAAGGGAGAAUCAGCAGCGCUUGCAAGCCGAAUUUUCCGACAUGAUUGCCAACUCUUUGCAGAAAAGACAGGCGGCGGGGAUAAGAAGCCGAAAACCAACACGGGUGGCCAGCUACAAAAAAGGCACUCUGGAAUACUUGCAGCUGAACACAACAGACAAGGAGAACACCCAUUUUUAAACCAAAAUGAAGUCCAAGGACUCAGCAAAUUAAGUACAGCCUCACUUAGCGGCCUUAAGUGUCCUAGAGACCUAAUGCAAUAGAAGAUUUGGAUACUACACUCUGCUUCGCCUUGGCUGCCCUGUCUGGAACACAGACUUGCCUCUAUGAAUCAGAUGUGCGCUCUCAGCACAAAAAUUACCUUUUACUCUGGAGUCUGACCUCAACAGUGACUCCAGGGAGCUUCCACCUGGGAAAGAAGAGGAAUGGAUGUACUAUCUCUAGGUUGAAGAGACUGUGUUCUUACUUCAUCUGUUUUGUUUUUGUUUUUGUUUUGUUUACUGACUCAUUUUCCUUCUGCAUUCAUGAGAGGAGUUUUUUAAAUUGUCACAAUUAUAUCUUAAAUAACUUUUCUCCAUUAAACUAUAUUUAACUCAUAAUUUUUGCAGGAAGCAUGCUACAUGUUAGGCAGGAAUAAAAGUUAAAAAUUUA